UUGUCGUGGUCCCGCGUCACUUCCGGGUUGGUCUCUGCGCUGUUUACAUCCGGACAGACGGGACCUGUUUGAGCGACAUGUCUCCGGCCGCUGACAUCCACGCACAGCUCGCCUCCAUCGUGGAGGUGCUGGCCAACACGGCGGUGGCGGAGAUCUGCGAGCUGGUGGACGGCGGCUACGCGGCGCUGCAGCUGGAGAUCUCCCGCAGCCGCAAAGAGAACGAGGCGCUGCGGAGGAAGCUGCGGCUCACGGAGCUCAGGGCCGCGCGCGCGACCGCCCUGCGAGCCGCGGGCACGGCUCAUCACCCGGGCAACGGGCCGAGGAGAAGCGCAACCCCGGGAGGUGAGGCGGUGCGGUCCAGACUGUCCCACCAGGAGACCUCGCGGUGCAGAAAACCAACGGUGAGCGGAGCUGCAGGGAUGUUAGACGUUCUCCUCCUCCUCUCUCUCUUUUCUUUAUUCUCUCUCUGCUCUGAUUUACAGCUCGCUGCAGGCGAGUCGACCAAAGUGACGGCCGCAGUUAUCAAAGUGGAGGACGACGACGACGAGUCCUGGUCCCAACCUGAGCCGGACAGUGCCAGAGACAGAAGCCCCGCCCCUCUGACCAAACAGGAAGUAGCGGACGAAGGAGGCGGCGGUUCGUCUCUGUCGUGGCCAAGCGGAGAAGUCGGCUCCUCCUCCACGUCCGUCCAAAACACCCUCAGCGCCAGCCAGAGGUCUGAAACCGGCAGCUACGACUGCCUGAUGUAUGAGCCGCCGAUCCAACAUGGCGCCCUCAGUACCCAGAAUCCUUUGGGUCAGGAUCCCAGCUGCUCCUAUGCGUUGAGCACGAGUGUUUCUGCUGCGUCUGACUCGUGCAGCGGCGGCGGCGGAAGCAGCAGCUUCCCUUUCACCAUCAGUGAGGUGAGUCUGUCCGUGGUGGAGCACCAGCAGCCUGCAGGUCUCCACGGCAACCAGCAGAGGGCGCCGCCACCCGCCGCCAAGUCUCGACUUCCUGGGAGGAAGGAGAUGACAGAUAGACUCCAUGCUUUCAUGAGAAGGGACAGGGGGAGACCUCAGGACGGCAGCGGCGCCGGCGGGGAGGAGGAGGAGGACGGCGGCGGGAAGACGUUCAGCUGCAACUUCUGCGGUAAGACUCUGGCCUGCCUGAAGAACCUGAAGACCCACAUGAGGGUCCACACGGGCGAGAAGCCGUUCGUCUGCCCGCUUUGCGGCAAACGCUUCUCCGACUCCAGCAACCUGAAACGCCACCAGAGCGUCCACACCGGCGAGAAACGUUACGGCUGCGUGCACUGCGGGAAACGCUUCGCCCAGUCGGGGUCGCUGAAGGUCCACAUGACCGUGCACACCGACUGCAAACAGUUCAGGUGCGCGUUCUGCGGCAAGACCUUCAUCUCAGGCAGCCACCUGCGGCGCCACGUCACCGUGCACGCCGCGGAGAAACGGUUCACGCCGACGUUUCAGUGACAGGCGGGAUUAUGGGAAUAUGGCAGAGGUGCAACAGAUCGUAAAACUCACGGAUCGGCUGAAAAGAAAAAAAGGAGCAAAUAGACUUUUUUUUUGCUGCCAAUACUAAUAACCGCUUAUUGAUGAUCCAUAUAGAUGUUUGAUUAUAGCAGCUGGUCGACAAGGAUCCAGACAAUUUUUUUUUUCAGCGUCCCAAAAAUCAUUUCAACGCCAAGUCAGUAAACCAUCAACAUUUUUAAAUGUUAUACUUUUACUUUUUUAUAGUAAUUUAUUGUGUUUUUUUUCUUCAUAUAAACACACAACUCAAAUUAUACGGAAAUAAAAGAUUGUAUUUUUAUGGAUAAAAAAAACUUGUAAAAAGCUCAUAA